GCGGCCGUUCGUUCAAUUCGUUCAGUCGCAUCCAGACCAGCUGGGCGACGUUCCUGGGGGAGGGGAUCGAGCCGAAGAAAAGAAAAUAGCGCAAGGAAGAAGUUAAAGACAAAGAGGGAGGACUCAGAUGAGAAGUUGUGACUGAGAGACGAGUCGUGGAACACGUGGAGCGUUAUGCAUAAAAGAGUUUUGACAGUCAGAACAACAUAGGCACAGUUUAUAAUAAGAUUUAAGGCAUGGCAGAAUUAACGAUCAAGUGUGCAAAGAUUAAAUAACGUUUCCAGGGUUUUUCAACAGAAAUGCACAGGAACAUUAUGGAGACGCCGAGUUCACAGAAGAGUUGGAAGUUCUUGCGGGACUCUCUGCUGCUUUGCUUCUUUGCCGGCCGUGGAGACGCUCAGUGUGACAGCUGUAUUGAGUACUGCUGUGAUGGAGCUCCUCCGUUCUGCUGCUCUUACUAUGCGUAUGUGGGAGACGUGCUCUCGGGAACGGCUAUCUCGGGGAUCGUGUUUGGCGUGGUGUUUCUGAUGGGCGCGGUGGCCGCCAUCUUUCUGUGCAUCUGUAUGUGUGUGAAGAACGGCCGCGGGGCGAGAGUGGGCGUCUUCAGCUCGUCGUACAUCAACACCGUGACUCAGGGUUACCCAGGUCCUCCACCUCCUUACAGCUACGAUUAUGAGAUGUAUUCUCCUGAUCUACGGCCGCCUCCAUACACUCCCACUCCACCCAGAGCGACAAACUACUCUCCACCUCCACCCUAUCCAGGCUACAGCCGCAAAUGAGCCUCCAUGUGUGUGCUAUUCUGAGAGGACACACAAAAUAAUGCACUAAAAUCAAAAAUGCCUGCACAAAUGCCAGACUGGCGCUCUGUCCGUAAAGCAGGGAUUUUCAUUCACUCGACCAGCGCAAAGAUGAUUCUUACACAAGGAUUGGAGUAUUUUUAUUUAUGACAUGGACAUUUAUGGUCUCAGAAACCUAAUGAACACUAAUAAACCUUAUUAGGCAACAUGAGGCCAGGACAGGCCUAAAAACUCCACAAUGUAAAUAUCAGUGU